AUGUCGCUCCCCGAUUUCUCCCAGGCUGCUAACCUCACCAAGCUCGACGGCUACCUCGCCGACAAGUCCUACGUUGACGGGAAGAAGGCCGCAGCAUUCCAUCUCAGACAUGCUCUUGCCGACCUGGAGCAAGCCUCGCGUCGCACGGCAUGUCUGGGAAGGCGCUCCGCCAGUAUGACGCUCGUGCACCAAAGGGCCCACUCGCCCUCGCAGGCCGAUGUCGCCGUUCACGAGGCUCUCGGCAAGGCCCCCGACGCCGACAAGUUCGCCCACGUCGCCCGCUGGUACGAGCACAUCACCUCGUACGAGGCUGAGCACAAGGACCUGACCGGUGACAAGGCCAAGGCCGCCACCCUUCUCUCCUCCACCUUCGCCGCCUCUGCCCCCGCCGCCGAGGAGGACGACGAUGACGUCGACCUCUUCGGCUCCGACGACGAGGUCGACGAGGAGGCCGAGCGCAUCAAGGCCGAGCGUGUUGCCGAGUACAACAAGAAGAAGGCCGCCAAGGGCCCCGGCCCCGCCGCCAAGUCGCUCGUCACUCUCGACAUCAAGCCUUGGGACGACGAGACCGACAUGAAGGAGCUCGAGGCUUCCGUCAAGGCCAUCGAGAUGGACGGCCUCGUCUGGGGCUCCACCAAGCUCGUCGCCAUCGGCUACGGUGUCAGCAAGCUCCAGUGCUCCCUCGUCGUCGAGGACGCCAAGGUCUCGCUCGACGAGCUCCAGGAGCGCAUCAUCGACGAGUGCGAGGACUACGUCCAGUCCACCGACGUCGCCGCCAUGGCCAAGAUCUAA